AUGGGGCUCCCCCAGAGGCAGCCGGGCCCAUCGGUCCUGCUCCUCCUUGUGGGCGCGCUGAUCUGGCCCUCAUCUUGUGUGAGCCUGGAGCUGAUCCCCUACACGCCGCAGAUAACAGCCUGGGACCUGGAAGGAAAGGUCACAGCUACCACGUUCUCCCUGGAGCAGCCUCGCUGUGUCCUGGACGGGCAUGCUGGCGUUGCCAACACCAUCUGGCUGGUGGUGGCCUUCAGCAAUGCCUCCAGGGACUUCCAGAACCCGCAGACACGAGCUGAGAUCCCAGCCUUCCCACGGCUGCUCACUGAUGGCCACUAUAUGACACUGCCCCUAUCCCUGGACCAGCUGCCCUGUGAGGACCCCCAGGGUGGCAGCAGGGACGUCCCCCUGCUGCGGGUUGGCAGUGACCCCGGCUGCCUUGCUGACCUCCACCAGCCACCCUACUGCAACAGCCCCCUCCCGAGCCCUGGACCUUACAGAGUGAAGUUCCUCCUGAUGGAUGCCAGGGGCUCACCCCAGGCCGAGACCAGGUGGUCCGACCCCAUUGCUCUCCACCAAGGGAAGGCGCCAGCCUCCAUCGACACGUGGCCAGGGCGGCGCAGUGGUGACAUGAUCAUCAUCACCUCCAUCCUCUGCUCUCUGGCCGGCCUCCUGCUCUUGGCCUUCCUGGCAGCGUCCACCGCGUGCUUCUCCAGCCUGUGGUGGCCUGAGGAGGCCCCGGAGCAGCUGCGGAUUGGCUCCUUCAUGGGGAAGCGCUACAUGACCCACCACAUCCCACCCAGCGAGGCCCCCACCCUGCCCGUGGGCUGUGAGCCUGGCCUGGACCCCCUCCCCAGCCUCAGCCCCUAG